GCCGCGCUCACCGUCCGAGGCCAAGGCGGGUCCGGGGGGCGUCCCUGCCGGCGCCGCGGCCCCAGAGGAGCCACACGGGCUCAGCCCGCUGCUGCCGGCCCGCGGCGGGGGCUCCAUGGGCAGCGACGUGGGCCAGAGGACCCUGGUGCUCGUGAUGGCUGCCAUCCAGUCAGAGUCCAGCUGCGGCAGAGGCCCGGCCACCCCAAGCUCCUUGCCUUGGACGGGAUGGUUCCUGGGAUGCCCGCACUGAUCUUUGCUGGAUCCAUUCUGCCCUGCAGACCCAGCCACCCACAGUGCCCCUGAGCCUGUGUCCAUGUGGCCCUGGCCAGGCUCACUGACCCCUCCCUGCCCCUUGCUGAUCUCCUUGAGUUUGAUCUCAUCCCUAGCUCCGUGCCCACUCCCCCUGUCCCUGGUGGCACUCCCCUGCAAGGGUCCUGUCCUAAGCUAGCUGCCAUUCUCUGAUUCUCUGAGGCGCACCCACUCAACCCCUGCCUGGUCCCUUGAGUUUUCUGUCCCCCCAACCCAGGACACACCGUCUUGGUGGCUGGUUUAUUCUGGACCCAACAUAAGCACAGAGACUAGCAGGGGCAGGUGUACCCCGUUCUUCCGAGACACUGCACUACUCUCUGUGUGUGCAGCAGUUCAACCAUGAUGAGCCUGGCCUGGGGGCUCCGAUAUUGGGGUGUCUUCCAGCCCCAGGUCACCGUGCGGUAGGGUUGGGGCCUCCAGGGGUCCCCUUGGCCUGUGAAUGUGUCUCCUCCCUGUGUCCUCUCAGGUCAUCCCUGUGUGGUGUCACCAUCAUCUCUUUUUAUAAGGACCACAGUCAGAAUGGACUAGGUCUACCCUGAUGUCCUCCUCCCACCUAAGUCACUAGACAGUCACAUGCUAAGGGCCUGGAGUUAGGGCUUCAUUACAUGGAUUUGGGGAGGUGUGAUUCAGCCCCAGAUAAGUGCAGUGCGUAGGACCCGCUGAGACUUGACGCUCAGAGCUGGUGUGCGCUACGCAGAAGUUCCCAAGCCCACCUGAGCAUGACACCCUCCUGCUGAGGUAUCUCACCAGACUGGGGCUCUCAGUGCAGGGAUGAGGGCACCCGCGGCCCUGGCCCUGGGGAGCUGCCUCUUGGGUGUCCAGUGGCCGAGCCUGCUGCUUGCUGGCAGGAGUUGGGAGUGUGGCCAGCCCCGCUGGUUCCCAAGCCCAGGCACUGCCACAGCCUGGCCUACCCUACCCUUCAGCGGCUACUGCCACCAGGCCCCUGCUUCAUGGGGCUGGGACUUCUUCAUGAGGGCAGCAGCAUGUUGGCAGCUGGUCCCAGUGUGGGAGGAGGGCAGGCGCCAGGGCUCACAUCCACUGGUGUCCAAGCCGCAUCAAGGCCGCAGCAUGGCUGGCUGAGGCACCAAGGGGUACCUGGCCCUGGGCUGAUGGGACAGGCCCCACUGGACCAUCUUGGCUCUGGACACCCCAGUGGAGGCCCGGCUCCCUUCCCUCCCCUCACUCUGAGCUCUCUGUCAGGGUCUGUCCUGGUGAAGGGCCUCAUUUGCACAGGGCUUGAGCCCUCAGUAGGAGUCUACACAGGCCAGCACAGCCCAUGUCCAGCCGGGAAUGGGUGGGAGGAUUCCUUGCACAUGUGAGGUACACAGGGUGCCUUCCUCUGUGCUCAGGCAGCAAGGAUGGGGCAGAUUAUAGCAGGCACGCAACUGGGGCUGUGUCUGGAUAAGGAGGGGUGUACCCAGGAGGAAGGGCUCCCCCACACCGCCGAGGUGCUACCCUGUGUGCAGUCAGCCCAACUGAGCAAGUGGACCAAGGUGACCAGGCACACCGGCUGCAUCUGUCCCGGGGAGGAAUCUGGGCAGGCCUUCCCCACAAUCUGGACCCUGCAGGCUCAUGCCUGUCCUGCUGUGAUGGUCCUGCUGAUACAGCCCCGCCUGGGUCCUGUCACCCUGAGGGCACCUGAGCCUGACAAAUGCAGCCUCUAUCAGCGCUCCUAGGGUCCCUAGGGCUCAGGCCCUGUCAAGCCUGGGCUUCUCUGUGCCACAUGCUGUUGGUCACCUGCUGAGGCCUCGGCCCUCUCAGACAUGUGUCCAGCCUCUGUCUUGCCCACCCAGGGACUAGAGGCCUCCCCAGAGGGAAGCUGCCCACCCAGAGGACUUGCCACAGCCAGGCUGUUUGGGAGGCUGACCCAGCUCUGGAGGCCGGAUCCCUCCUUCCUGCCCACAUAGCCAUGAGAAGGCAGUGGUCCUCUCUGAACCUUUUUUUCCUUUUCUAGAAAAUAGUUGCCUUGAGAAUUAAAAGAGAGAGGCCCCUCUGAGCUCUUCUGAGGAGGAGCUGAUGAAGGACAGGCAUGCAGUCAGAGAGGCAGAGACCAUGUAUACCCAGUGUCCUCUAGAGCCCCAGCUGCCCGUCACUGCAUGCCACAGCCCCCUUGGUGUCAGCCGCCUGCCAGCCACAUUGGAAUAACCAGAGGCCAGGGCCUGGCUUUGAGAGUCAGCCAGCAUGCAGUUGCUGGCCAGGUGGAGCGGUGUGCCCAGAUCCCCCAAGAGGCAUCAGCUACAGCCCUGGCAGUCCUAUCACUAGAAGCUCAGGGGCAGGGCGGUGGGCACUGUGCCCAGCUUGGGCGCAGGGUAGGGAGAAGCCGGCAACUUCUCAGUGGAGGCACCUGAUCAAGCCCUGCCCGGUGUGUCACACUGCGUGACCUGGGCUGAGUCUGCCACCCACUGCCCUCUGCAAUCCUGGGUGACUGGGGCUGACUGUGCUUCCUCGCAGAUGCUGGGCAGGCUGCGUGCUGGCAGAUUCAGAGCACAUACUUGCUUGGCUGAGGUGGUGGUCCUGGCCUUACCCCCGUCUGCCAGGCACCCCAGGCUAUGCUGCUUUCUCAGAGCCCCACCCCACCCCACCCCACCCCACUCUGGGCUGUCUCCUGUGGCACAUCCACAGAGCUCAGAGACUCCACAAGUUGGGAGUGUGUGGGCACGAGCACCCACUUGUACCCUGCCCGGAGCCUCCCUGUGUGUCUGUCUGUGCCCCCGCUGUCCGUCUGCACUGAUGUGUCCACUCUGUCCCCAGGCCUCCUGUGGAAGACCUCAGCCUGGACUCCUCCCUGUCUCAGGUCCAGGUGGAGUUCUAUGUCAAUGAGAACACCUUCAAGGAGCGGCUCAAGCUAUUCUUCAUCAAAAACCAAAGAUCCAGCCUGCGGAUCCGGCUGUUCAACUUCUCCCUGAAGCUCCUCACCUGUCUGCUGUACAUUGUCCGUGUUCUGCUCGAUGACCCAGCCCUGGGGAUUGGAUGCUGGGGCUGCCCUAAGCAGAAUUACACCUUCAAUGAUUCAUCUUCUGAGAUCAAUUGGGCUCCCAUCCUGUGGGUGGAGAGGAAGAUGGCUUUGUGGGUGAUACAGGUUAUCGUGGCCAUAAUCAGCUUCCUGGAGACCAUGCUCCUCAUUUACCUGAGCUACAAGGGCAACAUCUGGGAGCAGGUCUUCCGAGUCUCCUUUGUCCUAGAGAUGAUCAACACACUGCCCUUCAUCAUCACGAUAUUCUGGCGGCCACUGCGGAACCUUUUUAUCCCCGUGUUUCUGAACUGCUGGCUGGCCAAGCAUGCACUGGAGAACAUGAUCAACGACUUUCACCGUGCCAUCCUGCGGACGCAGUCGGCCAUGUUUAACCAGGUCCUCAUCCUCUUCUGCACUCUGCUGUGCCUGGUCUUCACAGGGACCUGCGGCAUCCAGCACCUGGAGCGGGCGGGCGGGAACCUGUCCCUGCUGACCUCCUUCUACUUCUGCAUUGUCACCUUCUCCACUGUGGGCUAUGGCGACGUGACGCCCAAGAUCUGGCCGUCCCAGCUGCUGGUGGUCAUCAUGAUCUGCGUGGCCCUCGUGGUGCUGCCGCUGCAGUUUGAGGAGCUCGUCUACCUCUGGAUGGAGAGGCAGAAGUCAGGGGGCAACUACAGCCGGCACCGGGCGCAGACAGAAAAGCAUGUGGUGCUGUGCGUCAGCUCCCUCAAGAUUGACCUUCUCAUGGACUUCCUGAACGAGUUCUAUGCACACCCCCGGCUCCAGGACUACUACGUGGUCAUCCUGUGUCCCACCGAGAUGGACAUCCAAGUGCGCAGAGUUCUGCAGAUCCCCCUGUGGUCCCAGCGGGUCAUCUACCUCCAAGGCUCGGCGCUCAAGGACCAGGACCUCAUGCGGGCCAAGAUGGACAAUGGGGAGGCCUGCUUCAUCCUGAGCAGCAGGAACGAGGUGGACCGCACCGCAGCCGACCACCAGACCAUUCUGCGGGCUUGGGCUGUGAAGGACUUUGCCCCCAACUGCCCCCUUUAUGUCCAGAUCCUUAAGCCUGAGAACAAGUUUCACGUCAAGUUUGCUGACCACGUGGUGUGUGAGGAGGAAUGCAAGUACGCGCUGCUGGCCCUCAACUGCAUCUGCCCGGCCACCUCCACGCUAAUCACCCUGCUGGUGCACACCUCCCGCGGCCAGGAAGGCCAGGAGUCGCCUGAGCAGUGGCAGCGCAUGUACGGGCGCUGCUCCGGCAACGAGGUUUACCACAUCCGCAUGGGCGACAGCAAGUUCUUCCGCGAGUAUGAGGGCAAGAGCUUCACCUACGCGGCCUUCCACGCGCACAAGAAGUACGGAGUGUGCCUCAUCGGGCUGAAGCGGGAGGAGGAUAAGAGCAUCCUGCUGAACCCCGGGCCGCGGCACAUCCUGGCGGCCACGGACACCUGCUUCUACAUCAACAUCACCAAAGAGGAGAACUCGGCCUUCAUCUUCAAGCAGGAGGAGAAGCAGCAGCAGAGGGCUUCCCCGGGACAGAGGUUGUACCAGGGGCCCUCACGCCUGCCCGUGCAGAGCAUCAUUGCUACCAUGGGAACAGUGGCCAUGGACCUCCCAAGUGCUGAGUGCCGGCCCUCACAAAGUGGCGGGGGUGGUGGGGGCAGUAAGUUGGCACUGCCCACAGAGAACGGCUCAGGCAGCCGGCGUCCCAGCAUUGCACCCGUCCUGGAGCUGGCAGACAGCUCAGCCCUGCUGCCCUGCGACCUACUGAGUGACCAGUCGGAAGAUGAUGUGACGCCAUCAGAUGACGAGGGACUUUCCACGGUGGAGUAUGUGAGGGGCUACCCGCCUAACUCGCCCUAUAUUGGCAGCUCCCCCACCCUGUGCCACUUGCUGCCCGUGAAGGCCCCCUUCUGCUGCCUGCGGCUGGACAAGGGCUGCAAGCACAACAGCUACGAGGACGCCAAGGCCUACGGGUUUAAGAACAAGCUCAUCAUCGUCUCGGCAGAGACGGCUGGCAACGGGCUGUACAACUUCAUAGUGCCGCUGCGGGCCUACUACCGGUCACGCAAAGAGCUCAACCCCAUUGUGCUGCUGCUGGACAACAAGCCUGACCACCACUUCCUGGAGGCCAUCUGCUUCUUCCCCAUGGUCUACUACAUGGAGGGCUCUGUGGACAAUCUGGACAGCCUGCUACAGUGUGGGGUCAUCUAUGCUGACAACCUGGUGGUGGUGGAUAAGGAGAGCACCAUGAGCGCCGAGGAGGACUACAUGGCCGACGCCAAGACCAUCGUUAACGUGCAGACCAUGUUCCGCCUCUUCCCCAGCCUGAGCAUCACCACAGAGCUCACCCACCCUUCCAACAUGAGGUUCAUGCAGUUCCGCGCCAAGGACAGCUACUCCCUGGCUCUUUCCAAACUGGAGAAGAGGGAACGAGAGAACGGCUCCAACCUCGCCUUCAUGUUCCGCCUGCCGUUUGCUGCUGGCCGCGUCUUCAGCAUCAGCAUGCUGGACACGCUGCUCUACCAGUCCUUUGUGAAGGAUUACAUGAUCAGCAUCACCAGGCUGCUGCUGGGCCUGGACACCACCCCAGGCUCUGGCCACCUCUGUGCUAUGAAGAUCACGGAGGGGGACCUGUGGAUCCGCACCUACGGCCGCCUCUUCCAGAAGCUCUGCUCCUCCAGCGCGGAGAUCCCCAUCGGCAUCUACAGGACCGAGAGCCACGUCUUCUCCACCUCAGAGCCACAGGACCCCAGAGCCCAGUCCCAGAUCUCGGUGAACGUGGAGGACUUUGAGGACACGCAGGACGUGAGGGGGCCUUGGGGCGCCCCAGCAGGCAGCAGCCGAGGCAGCGCCCACGGCCAGCAGGAGGGCAGUGAGGAUCCCGCAGAGCACCCACUGCUGCGGCGCAAAAGCCUGCAGUGGGCCCGGAGGCUGAGCCGCAGGGGCGCCCGGCACUCGGGGAAGGUGGCUGCCCCAGAGUGGACUGGCCAGCGCCGGCUCAGCCUCUGCCGGCGCUCUGAGCGCCAGGAGCUAUCCGAGCUCGUCAAGAACCGCAUGAAACACCUGGGGCUGCCCACCACUGGCUAUGAGGACGUAGCAAACUUAACAGCCAGUGAUGUCAUGAAUCGGGUAAACCUGGGAUAUUUGCAAGACGAGAUGAACGACCACCAGAAUACCCUCUCCUAUGUCCUCAUCAACCCUCCACCCGACACCAGGCUGGAGCCCAACGACAUUGUGUAUCUCAUCCGCUCCGACCCCCUGGCCCAUGUGGUCAGCGGCUCCCAGAGCUGGAAGGCCAGCUGCAGCUACAAACUGUCAUCCUGUGACCCCGAGACUCGUGACGAGACUCAGCUCUGAGCCAGUCCUGCAGGGAGCUCCUGCCCCGGCCAGGGGGUCCUGGGACCUGGGUGCUGCCCUGAGGCUGCAGGAAGCCUAUGGUAGCAGCUCACAGAACAGACUCGGUCAGCUGGCUUGGUCCACUCCUGAGGCUCCCGAGACCCAACCCCAAAAGGAGACUCUCCUGCAGGGGCACAAGGCGGAGCCACUCUGGGCAGUGCUGGCAGCCAGCAGGAAACACUUUCUAACCUAUUUCUAACCUGCACAAUCUGUUUCUCUACACAAAGUACCGCAACUCGUGACGGGCCCAGCCAAGGUAGGGGGAUGGCACAGAGAUGGGAUGCCCACACGGCUGGGCCCACCUGUCCCGGGGACUGGCAGCAGGGCCAGGAGGAGGCUGUGCUGAGUGCCCCAGGGCUGAGGGCUGGGCUAGGUCCGCUCCUGCGCUGUCUUGAGUUGAAGUUAAAUGCGGAGGAAGCCCUGCCGAACCCAUGCAUCCUGCAGCCCAUGGUCUUGUGGAAAAGAGACUUUCCUCACCUUCUCCUAGCCUUUCCAGCUGGAGCAGGGGGGGCGGGGUGGACAGCGGCAAGCACAGGCCUAUACAGGCUUUUGGAGCAGGGCGCUUUCCUCAGCACCCAGGCGACGUGAAGCACAACUCAGCCCCUCAGCGGCAGCUGUCCCCAGGGGCUCUUCCCAGCAAGGGGUUCCGGGCAGCACAGUUGCAGACUUGUGAGCCACAGCAGAGCUCCUCUGCUGCUGGGUUGCUCCUGGUCUGCACCAUCAGUGCUGGAACCUUCCUUACACACCAUAUUCUGUUGGCAGGAAGCUCAGUCCUCUUGCUUGUGGCCUCAAGGACCCAGUUCUAAGAAACACCUAUAGUGAUCACCCCCUUGACCUCACGGGCAAGCCCCAGUCCUCUUGCUUGUCCCUUCAAAGAAGCAGGAAUCAAAUCCCUUGUGGAUAUUGGGUGACUGGGUCCUGGCUGCCAGGAUGUAUUCGGGGAGGUCCCAGUGUCCAGGAUGGCCCCCCACAGCCCAGAAGCCCCAGGCUCUGCCACAGUGGUGCCUAUCCCUCAUCUAAGGCCAACAACUGCUACAGAUUCUACACUGGGGGUCGGGCUGCCCUGUGGGGCAUGUGUGCACCUGUGUUCCUUUCAGGGCACCCCAGGAAGGCAAUGGGGAACAGCCAGAGGGCCCAGGCACAGCCCCUCUUCACCAAAGCAGCUACUCAAGGGGCUAACCCUGGAGGGUAGGGCCUGCUAGGGGGGCCAACUACCCCCUCCCUAUGCUCUGAUCAUACAGCCAGCUGUGGCCCCCACUCUUGCUGCCCGCGACACUCCUCAGAAAACACCUUUGAGCCCCUGAUGAGGAGGACGGCUGCAGCAGUCAGGAAGGGGUGUGGGAAUUCACAGGGUGGGGAGUCUCAAGACCUUGAUGGUGUGAUGGGUGGCUAUGGUGGCCAGGCCCAUCCCAGUCAGAAGAGGGUCUGUCAGUGGCUCCUGAGGUCCCAGUAAUGAGCACCCCUCAGCUGCCAUCUCCCUGCAGUGGGCAGGGCCCUGCAGCCCCUCCAACGGGAGGUGCUGGGAGGCAUCUUAGCCUCUGAGCCCCCUUCCAGGAGUGAGUGAAGUCCUCCAGAGAGGCCUGGGGUCUCGCUGCCAGGAAAGGGCUGGCUGGGAAGAAUUAAAUGUCAAAAGGAAUCACUGCCUAGAAUGAGCUAAAAAUGUUUUUUAAUGCUUUGCAGUGGGUUUUUUGGGAAACAUACAAAUUUAGUAAGAAACCUUCUGUUUUUAUACUUAAUUGAUCUAACAGAAAACUUUGCUCAAAGUAAUACCA